AAAAUUCUCUCCCUUGAUCUGUACUCAAAUCCACCGUUUCAUUAAUUAGCACUAAAAAAGAUGGCUCUGGACGUGGUAUCUGAACGUGUUUGUUAUGUUCACUGCAAUUUCUGCAACACCGUUUUAGCGGUUAGUGUUCCAAGCAGCAGCUUGCUCAGUAUUGUGACAGUUAGAUGUGGGCAUUGUGGCAAUUUGCUGUCCGUGAACAUGGGAGGUUCCUUACAAACACUUCCUCUUCAAGAUCUCCAGAAACUGCACCUUCUAAACUCUGAAGAUUUGAGCAAGGACAGUGGGUCAUCUUCCAAACCUAACAAGGUCACUGCUUUUAAGCCUGCCGAGCAAGAACCACCAAGAAUGUCCCCCAUGCGCCCAGCCCCUGAGAAGAGACAACGUGUUCCUUCUGCAUAUAACCGGUUCAUCAAGGAGGAAAUUCAAAGGAUUAAGGCUUGUAAUCCUGACAUCAGCCAUAGGGAAGCUUUCAGCACGGCAGCAAAAAAUUGGGCACAUUUUCCACACAUUCACUUUGGACUGAAGCUGGAUAGCGACAAGCAUCCUUAAUUAGACCACCAGUCAUUCGCAGGAGGAGAGGGCACUCAAAAAACAUCCUUAAUGGAUUGGACGAGAUCGACGGUGUCCUGUGAGUAGUAAAACACACACACACACGCUAAGCUACAAUUUUUCCAUGUAUAUUUAUAAUAAUACCUCGAGUAUCAUCGAAGAUUUUAUAAUUAUGUGUGUUAAUUUCAUAUUAAAAAAAUUAAUUUCCUAACACUUCAUAAAGUGAAUGCUAUUUCAGUGAUUAUUAUUGCA